CACAAAAUUUAUUUUUAUUUAAAAUAUUAUUACAUAUUUUUAAAAUUUCAUCUGAUUCAAAACUUGGAGUUUUUCAGAAAUUUAGCCUUUAAUUUACCAAUGAUUCAAUGAUAAUCGUAUUUAUUGUCUUAGAUAAUGGAGAACAUUGAAUGGAACAGAAUAUUCACCUAUCCGUAUAAAUCACCCACCAGUUGUAUCACACUUUGCACAUGUCUGUUUUCGUUGCAACAAAUUAGAUAUUAAAUAUCCUUACAUCUAAGUUCGUUGUUUUUGUUCAAUUUUAAAGCGAUACAUGUGCACUUGUAGAUUUUGUAUUUAAAUGUCACCUGCUGAGUCGAGGAUUUGUGUGUAAAAAUUUUACAUAGAGGUUAAGAGCAAUCUGAUGACAGAAAACUUUAACUACUUAUAAUUUAGAAGAAUAUUUUAGAGAAAUGUCAACUUUGUACGAUCAAAUAAAACUACUUUAUGAACAGUCUUUAUAUUCAAAUGUUAUUUCACUUGCAAAUUUAGUGUUAUCACUAAGUGAACAUAAUUCAGAUUUAUUGCCAAUACAUGGAAAAUUCCAUAUCUACGUUUAUUAUGCAGAUGCUCAUUUUCAUUUAGGAAAGUAUAAAAGGGCAGAAGCAUUGUAUAAAAAGUCGUUGCAAUUUCGUAAAUGCUUAUUGAAAUCUAAAGGUGCUACGAAACCUUUAGAAGGACAAAAGGAUUUACCAACUGACGUUGAUAUAAAAUUUCAAAUUCAUUUAUGUUUAAUAAAAUUGAAAAAUCCUCAAGAAGCACUUCAAGUGUUGCAAAGCAUUCCUGGCAAACAAAGAACUCCGAAGGUAAACAUGGUCCUUGCAAAAAUGUUUCAAGAACAAGGGAUGGAACGUUCUGCAAUUACUACUUAUAAAGAAGUUUUAAGAGAAUGUCCAUUAGCGUUAGAAGCUGCAGAAGGUCUUCUUUCCCUUGGAGUGAAAGGAAUUGAAGUGAAUUCACUAAUUGUAGGUUGUGCAUCCAAUCUGUCAAACUUAGACUGGUUGAAUACAUGGAUAAAAGCUCAUGCACAUAUACAUAAUAGAGAAUAUACACCUGCAAUAUCAACGUUAAGAUCAUUAGAUAAUGUUACUCUAUUAAGAGAUAAUUUUAAUUUAUUGACAACAAUGGGAGAAUGUUAUUAUUAUGCUGGAGAUGAUAAAAAUGCUUUAUUGUGCUUGCGAAGAGCCAGAAUUAUAGAACCAGAUAUCAUAAAAGGGGUUGAUAUUUAUGCAGCUGUAUUACAUAAAACACACAGUAUUAAAGAACUUGAAAGACUGAUUCCAAUAAUAACAACAAGCAACGAGUGCAGUGGAGAAAUAUAUGUUGCUAUGGCAUAUUCUCUUUAUGCUACUAGAAAAUUUGGUAGAGCAAACUCAUUUACAGCACUAGCUUUAAAUUUAAAUCCAAAUGAUAUAGAAGCUACAAUUCUCCGAGGAAACAUUUUCGUAGAACAGAAAAAAUACCAAGAUGCAUUGUUCUUCUUCAGGCAUGCAGUACAAUUGAAACCAUAUCGUUAUGAACCACAUAAGGGUUUGGUAGAUUGUCUUGUAGGAAUGCACAGAUUACGGGAAGCUAUCAAUAUCGCUAGUGGAUCUUGUAAACAACUUGGACAUACUACGAGAGUUCUCACGCUUUAUGCCUCUGUACUCAUGAAAGAUCCAGUUUCUGUUGGAAAAGCAAAGAAUCUUUUGGAAAAGGCAUUAUAUCAAGAUGAAGCUUAUCUACCUGCUGUAUAUUUGUUAGCCGAAAUAUAUGAACAAGAAAUGAAUUUGGAAGCUGCAAUUGCAUUACUUGAAAAACAGGUAGAAAUACAAACAGCUUGUAAAUUACAUCAGAUGCUUGGGGAUUUAUGGGCGAGAGUUCACAAUGAAGAGAAAGCUUUGGAUCAUUAUGCAAUUGCUAUAAAUCUAGAUCCAAAUAAUCGAAGAGCAUUGGAAGGCAUGCACAGAUUAGAUAACUCUUCAAAUAAAUUGGAUUCAGCUUAUUACAUGACUGUAGGUGAAGAACAAACAGAUACAACCUAUGAUGUUGGUGAUGGUUUACCAGAUACUGAUAAUGAUGAAGCACCUGAUGAAAGUGAGACUGAAGCUGUAUGGUCAGAUAUGGAUCUUGAAGCAAAUAGCCAAUAACAAAAA